UGGAGCAUCGUGAGGAGAUGCAGUCCCAUGGUAGCCGGUGACCAACGAUUGGUUCAUACGCCAUUUGUUCCUUCAGGAUACUGGAGCCCAUGUGCACCAUUGAUUUGAGAUCCGGUUAUAGCGCCGGACGUUCGCUUUUCGUCCUCUCAUUUUCGUAAACAACAGUAAUGCCACGAGAAGGCAGUGAGUAGGACUUCCCUGGCAGAGGCUAUAUACGCGUGACCAUGUGAAGGCAUUUCGAGAGGGAGAGCGGACUCUCCCCACUCUCGGCCAUACCAGGGCAUUGUGUUGACGUUACUCAGCUUAAUUAGGUGUGGUCCUUGAACUUAUAGCGAGGCAACUGAUCUCUAAGCAGCUGAAGUUCUUGAGUAUAGAAGCAUUAUAAAAUAGUAGGAAAAAUAUGGGACGUCUGUUUUGUUGGUUGUAUUGUUAAAUUGUGGUCUUGAGGUCGCACAAAUUAGUAGUGGUAUAAAGAAUCUAGGGUUGCCUGAUGACGGCGUGUAAUUUUCUGAUGAAAAACACAAGAACACCGUGUUGCUCUACUUGAAUACCACAGCUGAGCGUCAUACAAGUGAUUCACUAAAGCGUUACAGCUAGACUCAAAAAGGUAUUUUUUAAUCAUGAUAGUAAUUUAUAUUUCGAAAACUAGUAUAACUAUCUAAAUCGCUAUUUAGAUGUUAGAUUUAUUCAUAUGAAUAAUUAGUGGUUUAAAUUCCCUUCAAUUUAUUUUAGAGGAUAUUACAAUGACAUAAUUGCAAUCCCAUCUUAAGGCGACGUAACCUUCUGGUUAUGGUACAUUCUCCAGUCCCGUAUAUACAGAUAUGACUAAACCUGUUGGUUCAACAAUUCCUGAUAAUGAUAAAGUGCCAGAUAUUCAAUCAAAACAAAACAGCGUUUUAGAUGUCAAUAGUGUCUGUUCAUCCAAGGUGUCUCUAGUGAACUCUCCUGCUUGUGCAUCUGGGCGAAAUACUUUGCAAAUUGGUGAUCAUGUCCAGGUUUCUGGAGGUCGAAUCGGUAUCCUCAGAUAUCUUGGGCCUACAGAGUUUGCUGUUGGUGAAUGGGCUGGUGUUGAGUUGGAUAGCCCUAUUGGGAAAAACGAUGGCUCAGUUGCUGGCGUACGAUACUUUACUUGUAAACCAAAUCAUGGCUUGUUUGCAGCCGCGAAUAAAGUUGUACCUGCCGGUAGUAGGGAUGAAUUUUGCACAUCUGGUUUUGAUACAUCAAAAAACAGUCAAACUCGCCGGAGUCAAGAAUCAUUACUAUCCUAUUCAUCCAAUCUGAGUUCAGUAUCUCGGUCUUAUCGUCUAAAUCAAGUUAAUAAUGGAUUACAGAGUCGUAAUGGUGUAGCUGGUAACCGAAGACCUAUAUCAUCAAUGAACACUCCAAAUCGUCGAGAAUCUACAUCUAAUUUACAAACAUUACAGCGUUUAGUUAAGGAAAAAGAAGCGCAUAUCGAGCAACUUUUACAGGAACGUGAAAUGGAACGUUCUGACUUAGCUAAAGUUACUUUAGAAAGAGAAAUGGCUCAAGCUGAAACAUUGAAUCAACGAGCUUUGAUACAACAAUUGAACCAACAAUUAGAAAAUAUGGAAGCUGUUCUUCAACAUUUACGAGACGAACAUGAACAAACAACGAUUAAGCUACAUGAAGAACGAAAAAAUCUUGAAGAUUUACAAUUUCGAAUAGAAGAAGAAAACAUUGACAAGAGCACAAUUGAAUCACAGAAUGCAGACGAUGAAUCGAAAAUAUUCGAACUGGAAGAAGCGCUAAUGUCAGCUCGUGAAACGAAUGAACGUAUGGAAUUAGAAUUAAAUAAAUUACGAAUAGAAUUAAAUGAUCUUUUACAAAAACAAACAAAUGUGUUAAAUCAAAAUGAUGAAAACAAAUCUCAAAUUCAGGGAAAACCAUCUCUUCAAUUCACUGGGCUUGUGUCUGAGACGUCUAUUACUCCAACUGAAAACGAAGGCGAGUCUUUGAAAAGUGAAUGUGAACGGUUACGUAAUUUGUUGGCUGAGCGUCAGGCUGAAGCAGAAAUUAUGCUAAAGCAUCAAGCUGAAACAAUUGAGUCAUUAACCGCUGAGUUUAAUGGACAAGUUGAGAAACUAAAUUGUCAGUUGCAGAACUCUUCAAAUGAAAUUCAAACAUUUAAAAACGAGAAUGAUUUACUGAAACAACAGAAUAAUGAAUUAGUCCUAAGUUUAAAGAGUCAAAUUGAUCAAUUAAAUAAACAACUGACAGAACAAGAAAAAAUUGCUAAUGAAAAAUUAUCCAUGUUUGAAAAUCGGAUUAAAAAGUUGAAUCAUUUAUUAGAAGCAGAGAAAACUAAAUCAACUUCAUCUUCUGAUCCGUCCCAGAUGACCAGUGAAAAUUUAAGCAAACUAAAAGACCAACAAAAUGCAACUAUGCAAGAGUUAACUGAUUAUCAGAAUAAUGUUUUAUCGGCUGUUGAAUCAUUCCAUGCUGUACAAAUAGAAGAAGUGAAUAAUUUACCAUUAAUUAACAAAAUCAAUAAUGAGGAUGUUGAUACUGUUACUAAUCAAGAGACUAUUCAGUUACUAUUGGAAAAACUUAAAGCACAAGAAGAACUAUUCAAUGAACAAAAAGAUCAAUUGGUUAAUAUUCAAUUACAAACUAUAGCACUGAAUCAAGAUAAAGAGAAUUCUAACAAUAAACUUAAUGAGGUUGAAAAUUAUUUAAAUAAAUUAAAAAUAGAAUUAAAUGAAUCUAGAAUAAAACAAGAAGAAUUACUUACUGAAUUAAAUAGUGCCCAUUUGAAACGUGAUCAAUUAGUUGAAGACAUUUCUAAAGUUCUAGGUGAUUUAUCUAUAACUGAAAAUGCAGAGAAUUUAUCAACAAUUUUAUGUAACCGUAUUAAUGAUUUAAAAGAACAAAUAUCCGGACAUGAAAAAGUUCGUCAAGACUUAGAAAAAUAUUGUCAAACACUAGAAAGUGAACGUAAUGAUCUUGAGAGUGAGCUGACAAGAGUCAAUGUGACUUUGAAAAAUUCCAGUGAAAUACAAAUGGAUAAUUCAACCUUGAAAGAAGAACUUGAUAAUGCACGACAAAAGAUGUUUUCAUUAGAGAAAAGUGCUUCUAAUGCAUUUAGUCAACUUGAAAUCAAAUCGAAUGAAUUACAAACCAUUCAAUCACAGCUGGAUAAAGUUUUAAAUGAACAAAUGGAGCUUGAAAAAGUACACAACCAUACCAUAACAGCUUUAGAAUCUGAGAAACAAGUAUUGUUGGAGCGUAUUAAAGAGGCAGAAAAUCGUUUGCUUGAAAACCAAACAAAUUCGUCAACUGAGCUUACAAAUCAAUAUGGACAGUCCGAUAUAAAUCGAUUAAUUGAAGAAAAGGCUUCAACUGAAUCACAAGUGAAUUUUCUCAAUUCUAUCAUUGUUGAUCUACAUGCUAAAAAUGCUGAACUAGAAUCUCGUGUACGAGCAAUGCUUGUCGGAACAGAUGAACAAUUAGAGUUACUUUCUAAUAAACAUAUCAAAUCACGUAAUCCACCACCUACACGUCUAUGGUGUGAUAAUUGUCUUGUAUUUGAUAGUCAUGAUACAAAAGACUGUUCACAGACAAAUGGAAAUAAUCACUCACAUCAACAUCAUACCACUAAUGGUAUGAUUAAAAACUCGAUAAUCCAUGAUGAAAUCCCUAGAAAGUCAUCUUUAAAAAAUUUCCAUAAAAUUUCUAAACAGAAUUCAUCUGCAACAACAAUAAAUCGUUUAUACUGUGACAAUUGUGGUAUAUUUGAUGAUCAUAUAACUGAAAAUUGUACAGAUACACAAACAUUUUAAAAAUUAAUAGAAUAACAUUAUGAUUAUAUGUUAAAUGAAAUGUAAAUCUCCUUGUACCCAUAUGUUUAUUGCUGCCGACCUUUUCUUGUUCUCCAGUCUUCUGUUUUUACCAAACUCUCAUUUAUUCCUGUUAAUCUUCCUGUCUUGUUUUCUUAGACACAUUUUGCUUAUCUUUUUUUGUUGGGGAUGGGGCUGAUUUAGUAAAUAAUUUAUUUCACUUGAUUAUAUUUAUAACGCAAGAUGCUAAAAAUCCGACUAUUGUUGGUCAAUUGAAAAGAGAGAAAGUGGGGAAGUGCCUUAUCCUGUCGUAAUGAUUUACUAAGCGAAAACUAAUAUUACUAUUAUCAUUGUUCUCUUCUAUUAUUAUUAUUAUAUGAGUGUGGAAAAUGUUCGCUUUUUAAUUCUUUCAUGCAUACCAUACUAAUGCAUAUGUAAGUGUUUCAAACGGACACGCAUAGCCAUAUUUAGCUAGAAAAAAAGCAUCUACACACACAACCAUUGAUGAAUAUUCCAAUGUUUUUUAGCAAUGAAGAUGAAAAUUUUGAUUUUAUUUAAUAAAUGGUUGUUUGUACCGCCACCAUUAUUUAUUAUUAUUAUCAUGAAAUAAAUAAAUAUGGAGAAAUCCUUAUUUUCAUGUAAAAAAAAUUUGUUUUACUCUUUU